CCCGCCUAGGCCUCAAAGGCGGGCUUCCACGUGGGCACGCCUUAUGCCAUCUAGAACAUUGGCUCAAACCCUAUUUGGAGAACAAAUUUAACAGUUUGUAUUUUGUAAGUUAGGUGUCUGAGGUUAAAUAUGUAACCCACAAUCCCGUUGUCAAGAAACGCGGGUGCAACAGAGCAGGGAGAAGAAGCGCGGAAUCCAUGGAAAGUAAUACCACCGAUGAAAUCUUGGAUGAGCUUCUAAACGUUGAAGGAGAGCUUCAAGACGUGCAAGAUCAAAUAACGUAUUUGCUAGAUCAGCAAGAGAGACUGCAAAAUAGGCAAUCUGAACUUAAGGCUCUGUUGGAAAGCCAUGAUUCAUCUAGAAGAUCGUGUAAUGAUAGCACUUCUGCCCCAAGAGAUAACUGGUCUGGGCCAUUCACAUGGGAUUCCGAAGCUGAUGACAUGAGGUUCAAUGUUUUUGGAAUAUCAAAUUACCGGCCUAACCAGAGAGAGAUUGUUAAUGCAAUAAUGAGUGGAAAAGAUGUCCUUGUAAUUAUGGCCGCUGGUGGGGGAAAGAGUCUAUGUUACCAACUCCCAGCUCUCCUUCGAAAUGGAGUUGCCCUUGUUGUCAGCCCUCUGGUUUCUCUUAUCCAGGAUCAAGUUAUGGGGUUGACUGCAUUAGGCAUCCCAGCUUUCAAGUUGACCUCAACAACAACCAAGGAUGAUGAGAAAUAUAUAUACAAGGCCCUUGAAAAGGGUGAAGAAGAGCUUAAAAUUUUAUAUGUCACACCAGAAAAGAUAUCAAAGAGCAAAAGAUUUAUGUCAAAACUUGAGAAGUGUCACCAUGCCGGCCGGCUUUCCUUGAUUUCCAUAGAUGAAGCACAUUGUUGCAGCCAGUGGGGUCAUGAUUUCCGUCCUGACUACAAGAAUCUCGGAAUAUUAAAGACUCAGUUUCCUAAUGUCCCUCUGAUUGCUUUGACUGCCACUGCCACAAGGAAAGUACAAGAUGAUCUGAUGGAGAUGCUUCAUAUUCCAAGAUGCGUGAAAUUUGUUAGUACAGUGAACAGGCCAAACCUCUUUUAUAUGGUAAAAGAAAAGUCAUCAGUUGGAAAGAUAGUUAUUGAUGAGAUUGCACAAUAUAUUGAAACAUCAUAUCCAAAUAAUGAAUCUGGGAUAGUGUACUGCUUCUCCAGAAAGGAGUGUGAACAGGUUGCUCAAGAAUUGCUUCUUAGAGGAAUUUCGGCUGGUUACUACCAUGCUGAUAUGGAUGUAUAUGCUCGGGAGGAAGUUCAUUUAAGGUGGAGCAGUGGGAAGCUACAAGUUAUUGUUGGAACAGUAGCUUUUGGCAUGGGGAUCAAUAAACCUGAUGUCAGGUUUGUUAUACAUCACAGCUUAAGCAAAUCAAUGGAGACUUAUUACCAGGAAAGUGGUCGAGCUGGAAGAGAUGGACUUCCUUCAGAAUGUGUUCUUUACUUUAGGCCUGCUGAUGUCCCCAGAUUGAGUUCAAUGGUCUUCUAUGAAAAUGCUGGAUUAAAAAACCUUUACAGCAUAGUAAGAUUUUGCCAGUCUAAAAGAGUGUGUCGCAGAAGUGCUUUCUUCCGACAUUUUGCUGAAGCUGUACAAGAUUGCAAUGGAAUGUGUGACAACUGUGCUUUCUCAAGUGAGGUGAAAGAAUUGGAUGUCUCUAGUCACACAAAAGUUAUUGUUUCUUAUGUGCAUGAAGUGCAAGAAAAUGAUCAAAGGGUUACAAUGUUGCAAUUGGUGGAGAAAGUAAAGGUAAAGCUCAAUGGUGCAGGUCUUGUGUUACAAAGAGAUGAACUGGAGCAACUUGUCAUUCAACUUAUAACGGAGCAUGUUUUGAAAGAAGAAUUUCAGCAUACUGCAUAUGCAACCAAUGCUUACAUUGCGGUAGGACCUCUUGCAAAGCAAUUACUGCAAGGGAAGAAGGUUAUUAAUCUUGAAGUUUCUAAGAAACAAUUGGGUAGCUCAAGCUUCCCGAAAUCAUCCAAAAGAAGCAGAUCUUCGGGAUUGGAGUAUAGGCUUGAUGAACUACGAAAGGAACUUGCUGCCAUCCAUGGGUCAAUAUUUCCACAUGCUGUGUUGUCGACCCAACAGAUUAGCACUAUUAGUAUACAGAAACCAGAUUCUGUGGAAGAGUUGGAGAGGAUCAUUGGAAAACUGAAGGCAGAGAAAUAUGGGGGCAGAAUUCUGCAAGAAGUAAAAAGCAACGAGUCAAAGCCUGAAUCUGAAGCUGUGGAAAGUGUAGAUGGUGCUGCCAAAAGGAUGAAAACUAGAAAAUCUUGUGUUGUCAUUGAGAGCAGUGACGAUGAUGAGCCGUGAACAAUGAACUGAAGCCCAAAAGACCUUUACCCAAUGCUGUCUAACUUCAAAACUCUUGAAAUAUACGAGCACUAACUGUAUGUAGUCAGUCUUAAUUAGGUUCAAAAGAUUGAUAAUUAUAAAAAGAUCAGAUAUUCUCCUCUGGUAUUUGGUUAAAUGUGUUUGAUACAACAGAGCAAAUAAAAUAUUAGGUUUAUUUUCUCCUUUACUGGCAUGUGCUUAUAGAUAUAUUUGAAUGAAUAAACCAAGCAUGAUUCGAAU